AUGACCACAAAAAGAUCUUUCUGGAACAACCACAAAUUUGUCAUUCUAACCAUUAUUUCCGUUUUUUUCGGUAUUUCAAUUGGAAUCGCGUUACGAGUUCAAAAUGUGAGCCCUUUCGUGGAAACGUUGAUCUUUUUCCCUGGCGAGAUCUUCAUGCGAUUGCUAAAGUUACUCGUUUUACCGCUCGUUUGCGCCUCGUUGAUUUCAGCCCUGUCUCAACUAAAUCCGGAAACGGCGAAACAACUAGGCCUUAAAACUGUUCUUUACUACCUAUGCACAGCCUCUUUAGCCACAAUCAUUGGUUUAGCCUUAGUGAUAUUGAUUCAUCCAGGCGAUCCAUCGAUUAAGGCCGGGAAAGUUCUGAAAAGACCCGAAGAUUUAAGCCACGAGGCAAUUGAUAAUAUUUUGGAUGUGAUACGAAACCUGAUCCCAGAGAAUAUUAUCGGUGCAGCGACAAGGAGAUCGCAGACAAAAAUGGUGAAUGAAACGCUGACUGGGCCAUUGGUGAAACGAGUUGAUCAAGUUGAUGGACUGAAUAUCCUUGGGAUUAUUACCUUUUGUGCACUCAUUGGAAUCGGCACGUCUAAGGUUGGUGCCACGGGAGAACCGGUACGCCAAUUUUUCGCUAGUCUCGAAAAAAUCGUGCUUCUACUUAUUGAAGGAGCGAUGUGGUUUGCUCCAUUUGGCAUAAGCAGUCUUGUCGCGGCCAGCAUUUCCGAGGUUCACGAUUUGCUCUUGAUUUUACAGAUCCUUUCCGCUUACGUGGGAACGGUGCUCGCUGGGUUGACCAUCCACAUCUUCAUCGUUUUGCCUGUUUUUUAUUUUCUAGCCACUCGUAAAAACCCACUCUCAAUCAUGAAAGCUAUGCUGCCCGCGUUUAUGACCUCUUUGGGUACAGCUUCCAGUGGAGCGGCUCUACCAGUCGGUCUUCAAUGUAUGGAGGGAAAAGCUGAUGCAAGAGUUGUGAAAUUUGUUCUUCCUCUAGGCGCAUCGACGAAUAUGGAUGGAAACGCUCUCUACGAGGCGGUCGCUGCGAUCUUUAUCGCGCAAAUCAAUGGAAUCGACUUGUCGAUUCGUGAGCUAAUCACGAUCAGUAUCACUUCUACCCUUGCCUCGGCCGGUCUAAAUGCUGUACCGGCCGGACUCGUCUCGAUGCUCGUCAUUUUGGACACGGUUGGAUUACCUGUUUCUGAUAUCACACUCAUCGUGGCUGUCGAUUGGUUCUUGGAUCGCGUCCGAACCGCAAUUUGCACAAUGGCUGAUGGCCUUGUGGCUUCGGCUGUCGGGCAUAUGGUAAAUCUCGAUCCUCUCGAGGGAAACGAGUUAGAGCAGCUCAAUUUGACGCUGAGAGACGAAAAGGAUGAAUUUGUGGAUAUGUUGGUU